CGCAGCACAAGGAGGUUCAGUGACUCGCUCAGGGUCCCACACAAGGUGUUUAUGGACCCGGCUUCCUGACGACAGGAGUGCAGAAUGGGGCAGACCACGUCUGGAGAAUCAGAACCUGCUGAUGAAAGGUUAGCAAACAUCAAGACGUUUGUGGAAGAUCAGCUGCAGACUAGCAUGAUGGUGGGGAUAAUGAUUGGCGCCGGCAUCUCAAUCAUUCUCAUUGCCAGCCUCCUGUUCUUCAAACUGCGCAGGAUCCAGUUCAGAAGCAGGCAGGCCCAAGAAUCGCCCAAAUACAGGUUCCGCAAGAGAGACAAAGUCAUGUUCUACGGACGCAAGAUCAUGCGCAAGGUCUCCCAGUCCACCUCUUCCCUUGUUGGCACCACCACCUCCCGGCCGCGCAUGAAGAAGAAACAGAAGAUGCUCAGCAUUGCCAAAAAGAUCCUGCGCUUCACGAAGGAGGUCCCCACCCUGCAGCUGAAGGAGCCGCCCCCCUCCGUGCUGGAGGCUGACCUGACCGAGUUCGAUGUGGCCAACUCCCACCUGCCCUCCGAGGUGCUGUACAUGCUCAAGAACGUGAGGGUGCUGGGCCACUUUGAGAAGCCGCUGUUCCUGGAGCUGUGCAAGCACAUGGUGUUCCUGAAGUUUCAGCAGGGGGAGUAUGUGUUCAGACCAGGGCAGCCCGACAGCAGCAUCUAUGUGGUUCAGGAUGGGAAGCUGGAGCUUUGUGUCACUGCGGUGGAUGGGAAGGACGGGGUGGUGAAGGAAGUGUAUCCAGGAGACAGUGUACACAGCUUGCUCAGCAUCCUCGAUGUCAUCACAGGUCACCAGAGGCCCUACAAGACUAUGUCUGCGCGGGCGGCUGAGGUGUCCACUGUCCUUCAGCUCCCAGUGGAGGCUUUCCUGACUAUCUUCGAGAAAUACCCGGAGAGCCUGGUGCGAGUGGUGCAGAUCAUUAUGGUUCGGCUGCAGAGGGUGACAGUGCUGUCUUUGCACAGCUACCUGGGCCUGACCAAUGAGCUGUUCAAUCACGAGAUGCAGCCCAUGCGUCUGCCCCCCCAGCCCCCUCACCCCGCUCGCACCAGCCCUGUCCGGCACAGCAGGCGCUUUGGGAGCUGCAACACUGUGUCUGAGGAGCAGCGGGACAGCACGGGCAAACAGGAGAGUGGGGGCGAUCACUUGAAAACCCAAGAAGGUUCCUCUGUGCCAAUGAUAAGCAGGACCAUCUCCAUGCCAGUUGAUAUCUCAGGGCUGCAGAGGGGCUCCUGUUCGGACUUCGAUAUGGCGUACGAGCGAGGCAGGAUAUCUGUGUCCCUGCAGGAGGAGGGCAUGAUGGGAACUCCGUCGUUCACGCGGUGUGUAUCCCAGGACCCCCGGGAGAGGAAGUCUGUGACGGUGGACGAGACGCUCUCAGGAGUGGAGGAGGACGGGCUGGACGGCUUGGACAGGACGCUGCCUUGCAAGCACAGCGCUAACCUCUUCGAAGAAGCCAAGAAGGACAUCCUGAAACUCAUGCACAUCGAGGACCCGUCUCUGCUGAACGGGCGUGUGUCUCUGCACCAUGCCAAGGCGGGUUCUGUGCUGGCUCGACAGGGGGAUCAGGACGUGAGCCUCCACUUCGUGCUGUCGGGCUGCCUGCAUGUCUAUCAGCGGAUGAUUGAUAAGGAGGAGGACGUGUGUCAGUUUGUGACCCGGCCUGGAGAGAUGGUGGGCCAGCUAGCAGUGCUCACAGGAGAGCCUCUCAUCUUCACCAUCAAGGCUACCCGGGACUGCACCUUCCUCAAGAUCUCCAAGAGCGACUUCUAUGAGUGAGUGGCUCCCUGUUAC